CUUUGCCCGCUGACGGGCAACGCGCUGACGGACUUAUUAACGUGCUGCGGUGUGUGUUUGCGCCGCUCGUUUGUGGGAGCAGUGUGGGAGGGUGUUCACAGCGUUGUGUGUGAUACCGGUAGUGAAGUGAGUUGCUGUAAGAGGCGUGUUGUGAAUUUGGUGUCAUGUCGUACACAUGCACGCAGAUCGCGUCUGACCUGCUGACGUGGCGCAACCUGUCCGCCGUCACCACCCUCAACUUGGGCGCGUUUGAGGCCUGCCAGGACGCCGACAUCCUGACUCGCGUGCUGCCCCUCACGCGGGUGGCUGCAGCUGCCGUGUUCGGACUGCGCAACUGCCGACCCGCGUACGACGUGUGCGGGGCGCUGGCGGCAGCAACCUGCCUCACAGCGCUAACACUGCAGGGAGAUUGGAUGCUCCCACGUGCCGCUCGUGGACGAGGUGGCGGAGGUGCUGCCGUACAUGCCGCCGCCGGCCCAGGCGGCCCUGCCGUACAUGCCGCUCCCGCCGCCGCCGCUUCUGCCGCCGAGCCGCCACAGUCGCUGUCGGCUCUGAGGCACCUGCCGCUGUUGCGCAGCCUUACCUUGGAUCCCGCAGUCAACGGCAACGGAGGCACCGACGGCGGCGGCGGCGGCGUCCCGUUGCCGGAUGUGCUUUGGCUGCCGCAUCCGCCGCCGGCGGCAGCGGCGGAGCCGCCGGGAAUGUUUGUAGACAUGCCGCCGCUGCCGCCGCCGCCGCCGUUGGCGGCUGAGCUGCCGCCGCUGGCGCUGGCGCAACCCGCCGCUGCUGCCGCCGCCGCUCCUGCACCGCCGCCACCGCAAGCAGCGCCCCUGGCGCCACAGCAGCAACCCACACUCAGUUCCGAUAGCGAUUCUGAUGAAUCGGACGGUGCUCGCUUCUACCGCAGGCGACGGCAGCAGUGGCGACGGCAGCGGCAGGAGUAUACCGGCGGUCAGGAUGCGGCUGCCUCCGCUGCUGCAUUGCAAGACGCUGCGGAUGGGUCGGAGCGCCGCGGCGAGUGCGGCGACGACGGCGACGGAGGCGGCGAUGGCGCGGGUCCUUCAAGCAGCGGCGCCGUUGCUACUCCGAUUGCUGCUGCUGCUGGUACGGCGUCGGCGUCAGUACCGUUAGCCGCGGGAAGUGCGGCAGCGUCACCGACGGAAGCUGCCGUACGCCUCCAGUCACCGCCGCCGCCGUCGCCAUCCCCGCUGCAGCAGCGGGUGCCGCAAGGAGAGCCGCCGCUGGGCCCAUCACCUCCCUCAGCUGCUCCCUCAGCCGCCACCACGUCUCCACCGCCACUCGUCUUCCAAGAUGUCCCUGUAAUGCUGCAAGCAAGCAGCGACGAUGAAGGAGACGAAGACGGUGAUGGUGGUGGUGGUGGCGGCGACGUCGGCAACCGCCGCCCUGUCGUACCGCAGCACGAGGGACCGGCGGCGGUGACAACUGCUGCUGCCGUACAAACGCCUCCGCUGCCGCCGUACAUUCAUCAACUUCCUAGCCUGGAAAGCCUAGAAUCUCUGCCUACGUCGCAACACCAUCUCCCAACACGCAACACCGCCUGCGCCCAUGCCGACGUCGACGGCAGCGCCGAUCCGCAGGCAGCAACCACCGCCGCCGCCUCGGCGGCGGCAGUGGCGGCGGCGGCGGCACCACCGCCUCCGCUGACGCCCGCCUGCACGUGGCUGAUGCAGGUUUCGGAGCUGACUCAACUGACCAGCUUGCGACUGGAGCGGUGGGGUGUCGUACCGCCUGCCGCGGUGGCGCCGCUGCGGGGGCUGCGGCGGCUGCAGCUGACAGGCCUGAGGCGACUGGAGGGGGGGCUGGUGGAGGUGAGGCGGUCCUGCUGCUGCUCCUCCUCCUGUUUGUGUGAUACUAUAUUUACACACUUCCUGUAUACAGUACCAUACUCCCCGAAAUGCAAGCUGCGAGAACUUGAAAUUAUUACCCGCGUCCCUAGCCUUAGCAACUUGCCAGGACACGCACUACACUAAUUGCUCCUCAUCCCGACCUACACAUCCUUCCUCACCCCCCUCUCCUCCCCGCCGCAGGCUCUCUCCCACCUGCCCUCCCUGGAGUACCUCACCCUGGAGGGCCGCGCCUGCAGCCACCUGGGCAGUCCCGCCUUCGCCUCCCUGGCCCGCAUGCCGUACAUCUCACCCCCCGCCCUGGCCGCCCUAGGGGACCUCACCCGCCUGCGCCUGCUCUACCUGGCUGGUUUCUCCCUGCUAGGGCCACCGCCACCGCCACCGCCGCCGCCACAGCGGCAGGCUGAGCAGCAGCGGCAGGGGGAGUGGCAGGGGGAGCGUACGGGAGGCCGAAGGCGACGUGCCGAGGGGUCCGAGUACGAUGUCGCAGGAGAGGCGAUGCCGCUGUGGCCGUGGCCGCGAGCAGCGCCGCCACCACCGCCGCUUCCGCCACCGCCGCCACUGCAGCCCUCUGCUGGUGUUGUUGUUGGAGGAGGAGGAGCCGGAGGAGGGGGCAUGAGGAGGG